GGCCUCUUGGCCACAAGGCCACGUUGCUGGCUCCUGGAGAGCUUAUUAUCCACCAGGACCCCCAGAUCCUUCUCCUUAGAAGUGCUUUCCAGCAGGUCCACUCCCCACCUAUAUUGAUUUACGUCCAAAGCAACAGGAAAGCAAGCUGGAUUUUGAGAAGAGCGGUAAGAAAUGCAGUAGCCCAGCUCAUGCUUUGAAGGUGUCUGGGUCACAAUGGAUUUCUGGCUGCUGUUGACCGUGGCUGCCUUCAUUUCCGUUAUUUUAAGAAGUGAUGUCACCAGCUGUGGUCACAGCGUGUCCGUGGGGGAGUGUGGUUCCUGACACGCUUCACCCGUCCCACCCUCUCCGAGGCAGGGAGCUGGGGAUCACGUCAUCCCUCCAGGCAAUGACUGGCUGUUGACUGUUUCCUGGGAGGAAAGGAGAGGAAAGGCAGGAAGGAAAAACAACAACUGGUCAAAAGUUCCACUCUUGCAUAAAAAAAAAAAAGGAAGUAAAAGGAAAAGAUGAAUCAGAAGAGCUGCUUUCAUUCAAGAACGAAGGGUUCUACAGAGCAACGAGGCGAAAGAGGAGUUCUCGGGGAGUGACGUUAAGUCUGAGGCUGCCCAAAUGCCAGCUCCCACCCUGCAGCCUGCUCAGCUCCGUACGUAACCUUAGCUGGGAACUUGCUGUUGCUUUAAAUAAGAACCUCGUGCUGUAAGGUGAGAAAUUCUCCUGGAAGAGGAGGACGACACUGACACUCGGAGCUUGCUGGUGUUGCUGGCCAUUUUGUCAGGGAGUUGGAACACAGCAAAAAGCCCACAGGAGCCUCCAGAUUCAAAUUCUGCCAAGGGACAGUGCCACUGGAGAAAGUGACAAAGCCCUGGUAGUAAGAAGAGCUUUUCAGGAUUGUAUCAUCUCUAAAAGCCAGUCCUUCUCGUAUCUACUCUCUGCUUCCUCAUCUUUAAGCUUCUGUGUUAUUUUGAGGUCUUCAUCUGCGUUUCUCCCUGCAUUGUGUGCCCCAUCGCUGCAGUCGUGCUGCUGGAAGGAGACCUGGAGAAAGGUGCACUGAACUGUCACACAUCAAAGAAGAAAAAAACUUGGAUCCUGUCUUGGUGGCUGCGGAACCGCACAGCGUCGGGGAGGAGGAGGAGGAGGACUAGAGUGAAUUUGGUGUCGUUCCCAGUUCCUGCAGUGUUUCCCUGCUCCCUCAGUGGUUGGUGUCCUCCGUUCCUGGACUUUGCUUGAUGGGGAUCUCUGCUGCAGGAGCAGUCUCUGCGCUCCAAGGCAGGCGAGCAGGGGUAGGAGAGGUCGGCUCUAGAUGCCGGAAAGGCCAUUUGUAUAAGCUCCUGGCAGAAGAUCUCUUCUGGAACAGCUGCUGGCUGUAGGCCCACCAAGCCAAGGGUCAGGAUAGCCUCUCUGCAGCAUGUCUUCCAAGCCAGAGCAGAAGGAGAGCCACCAGGCCAAUGGGGCUGUGCUGCCCAUUGUGCCCAUGGACUGUCUCACCAGUCCGGACCGGGGGCAGCUGGUGGAGCCCUCAGAUUUCCUGGGACCUGAUGGUGACGGGGUAGAAGUGGUGGUGCUGGAGUCCCGUGCCAAUGCUAAAGGGGUGCGAGAAGAAGAUGCCCUGCUGGAAAAUGGCAGCCAGAGCAAUGAAAGUGAUGACACCAGCACGGACCGAGGUCCUGAGCCAGCCUCGCCCCUCAAGGAGACCUCCUUCUCCAUCGGACUGCAGGUCCUCUUUCCGUUCCUCCUGGCAGGCUUUGGGACAGUUGCUGCUGGAAUGGUGCUGGACAUCGUGCAGCACUGGGAUGUCUUCAAAUACGUGACGGAGGUAUUUAUCUUAGUGCCCGCGUUACUGGGCCUGAAGGGGAACCUAGAGAUGACUCUGGCGUCUCGCCUGUCGACGGCUGCUAAUAUUGGCCAAAUGGAUACACCCAAAGAGCUCUGGAGGAUGAUAACGGGGAACAUGGCUCUGAUACAGGUUCAGGCUACUGUGGUUGGCUUCCUGGCCUCGAUCGCAGCCGUGAUAUUCGGAUGGAUCCCAGACGGGCACUUCAGCAUUGACCAUGCUGUCCUGCUCUGUGCCAGCAGCGUGGCCACUGCUUUCAUUGCUUCCCUUGUUCUGGGCAUGAUUAUGAUUGGGGUCAUCAUCGGAUCCAGGAAGAUGGGGAUCAAUCCCGAUAACGUGGCCACGCCGAUUGCUGCCAGCCUGGGGGAUCUCAUCACCCUGGCUCUGCUUUCAGGAAUCAGCUGGGGCUUGUACAAAGAGCUGGAGAGCAAAGCCUACGUGAAUCCUUUGGUCUGCGCCUUCUUCAUAGCUCUGCUGCCCAUCUGGGUCAUCAUUGCCAAGAAGAACGCGGCCACUCGGGAGGUGCUGUACUCUGGCUGGGAGCCCGUCAUCAUCGCAAUGGCCAUCAGCAGUGUCGGGGGGUUAAUUUUGGACAGAACGGUCUCGGAUCCAAACUUUGCUGGGAUGGCUGUCUUCACACCAGUUAUUAACGGUGUGGGUGGCAACCUGGUGGCAGUGCAGGCCAGUCGCAUCUCCACUUACCUGCACAUGAGUGGGAUGCCUGGAGACAGCCCCGAAACAGCCCCUCGCAAGUGCCCCAGCCCUUGCAGCACUUUCUUCAGCCCAGAUGUGAAUUCCCGCUCUGCUCGUGUCCUCUUUCUUCUGGUGGUGCCCGGACACUUGGUGUUCCUGUACACCAUCAGCUCCAUGCAAGGUGGGCACACGACGCUCACCCUCAUCUUCAUCGUCUUCUACAUGACGGCUGCGCUUCUCCAGGUCCUCAUUCUGCUGUACAUCGCUGACUGGAUGGUGCACUGGAUGUGGGGCAGGGACCUCGACCCCGACAACUUCUCCAUCCCAUACUUGACAGCCCUGGGGGACCUGAUUGGAACAGGUCUCCUCGCCCUCAGCUUUCAUGUCCUCUGGCUCAUCGGUGACCGGGACACUGAUGUGGGGGACUAGCUCUCCCUGCUGCCCCCCCCUUCUCACAGCUCUCCUCCUCCUUUCAUUCUCUUGUUGCUGUUUCUUUUCCUCCCCCCCCUUUGCUCUCCUUCGCUUCCUUCCCCCCACCCCGUCUCUCUUGAGACUUCAUCUUUGAUAUACUGGAUUCUCAUUAUUUUCAAUGGGGAUUUUAUGUGGUUUAUAUUUCAAGCCAAGUUUGUACAGAAAAUAAAUCUAGUUUUAGGAAGGACAAAAAAAAAAAAAAAGUGUAACGAGACAAUCACUAAGUGCAAUUUCAUGGUAGUUACGUCUGAACCAAGGUUACAGGGAAGACACUGCUCAGUGGGAUCACACAGGGAGCCCCCCCUGUCCCAGUCACUAGAGGUGAAGGGCUGCUUUUUUUUCGCUUCAUAAGCGUUUUUAUUACUGGAGGGUGAGGUUCAGGUUUAUUUCACUGAACAGGCACCUUCUAGCACAGUACAACCUCAUGGAUGAGGGCAUGGGGUGUCUCCUGCUGUCUCUGCCCUGUUGUCCUCCUCCUCUCUCGUGUUCGCUCUCUGAAUCCCCCUCCUGUUUCAGUAUCCAAAGCACGAGGGUCUCUGGUAGAGG